AUGCACGAUGAAGUGAAGCUGGUCGGCGCUCUCGCGGGCGUCGGCCUCAUCGUGGGCAUCGCAAAGAUGCUCACGUCGAACGAUCCGAUCACCUGGAAGCAGGCGCUCGGCCGCGCAAUCCUCUCUGGCGCUACCGGCCUUGCCGCUGGUCGCGCUCGCGUGCAUCCUGGCGUCGCUCGGCACGUCCGCGCUGGAGACCGUACUGAACCGCGUCGUCAACAAGUGACCGCCCCCAAGGAUGCCUUGGAGCGACUGCACGCCGCAGUCGCUGACAAGCUCGCCGACACCAUCGACUCGAUGGAGUCGGACGCGAAGGGCCUGGCCUCGAUCCUCAACGUGGCCCGGCAGUUUCUCAAGGACAACGGCAUCGACGUUGCGGCCACGCCGCCCGGCUCACCGCUGGGCAAGCUGGCCGACAAGGUGUCCGAGUUCCCGUUCGAUCCCGCUGAGGAUGGGCGGCUGAACUGA